AUGGAGUGCAAGGAUGAUAAUAAAUACAAGCCGGAAGUGUUGGAGAUGGUGAUGGUACAGGAGGGUCUCUGGGUCCUCGUGCCCUGAACAUUCACCUAUCUCCACCAGUUCUGCUGAGUUUAUGGCUACAGGUUCCACACAGGGGAUGACACAAGUUCAGACUCCUCGGUGGCCACAAACAAGCCAGAAUGGCAAGUGCUGAAGGAGACCCAGGGCCGAUUCCACCUCACAGGGGACAGGCUGAGCAGCAACUGCUCCCUGGAUAUCACAGAUGCACAAAGAGGUGGCAAUGGUUCCUACUUCUUCAUGGGAGAGAAAGGAAGCUCACAAUGGAGUUGCUGUGGGAAGCGUGUGUCUGUGUAUGUGACAGGUGUUCCUCACCAGCCCUCACACAUUCUCCCACUGGAGACCCUGAAACCUGGCUGUCCCAGAAACCUGACCUGCUCUGUGCCCUGGGCCUCUGAGAGGUGGACUCCUCCCAUCUUCUUAUCAGCUGCCCGCAGUCACAGCAGCGUUUUGGCCCUCACACCCAGGCCUCAGGACCAAGGUACCAACCUCACCUGUCAGGUGACCUUCCCUGGAGCUUGUGUGACUGUAGAGAGGACAUUCUAGCUCAAUGUCACCUUCGAGUAA